AUGUCAGCAGUGUUGGUGUCAUCCAAGACCAAGAGCAAUAAUAAUAAGAAGAAGAAGAAUCCAUCAUCAACAACAAUAUUAACAUUCAAUGAUACAAAUAAUAAUAAUUACACUAUUAUGGAUGAGGUCAUAACUGAACCAAUGUACACAUCGACUCAGUGCACCUAUCAACUAUUCAUCCUUAUUGCCACAAACAACUCAAACUCCAACACCAACACCAAUGAGAUGGUAUCACUCGAAUCCACCAACUGCACAUAUUGGACCAAACAGGCAUUGAUAUGCUCACAUGUUUUCCAUUUGGAAUACAACGCCAAUCACAUCAAUACGUCAUUGGUGAUGGGCAAUCAGACUGUGGCCCAGCUAUCCUACCCGAUUGAUUCGUGUGUCCUGCCAUCCCAGCAGGAAGUAGGCACGCUCAAUGCAUCGAUUCAGUCAUAUUCCAUCGAGAGAGCACCAUACCCAUCGAUGGACAGUGGAACGUGGCGCAUCAAACUGUCGCUUAGUGCCAAUUACAGUGCGUCGUGGAUGCUCACUGGCCAAAUCAGUCAGUCGAAUGGUGCCGCGGCAUCAUGCUACUCGCCAUCACAGUUCACAUUCACCUUUGACACAUUGCUGUCCCACCAUUACGUCGAUCUCCAUCUUCUCCCAUGUGCCAACCGCGAAGUACCAGCCCUGAACGUGACCAUAUUUGGCAUUUACAAUGACACUGCUUCACUACUCAUUCCACUUGGAUCACUUAACAAUGAUACCAAGAUUGAAUUGACAAAGCCAUUGUCAAAUGGAAUGUUUGGACAACAUGUUGGAUUGCUAGCAUAUACUACAAACUUUAGCGAACCUACUAAUAUCUUGCAAUAUCAGAGAGACUUUAACAAUUAUUAUCAAGCUGGCAACACACAUUUGGUGUCGGGUACAUCUGAGCAAGGAGUAGUAUACGCCUACCUUGAAGGACGUAACCAAAAGGAUGGCAUCAAGCUUCAAUUGAUAAACAUAUACCAAGAUUUCACCAUUCACUCUGAGAACACAAUCAAUGUGUUUGAUAAUCAACAAACAAUGAAGGUGAACAUAUCUCAAGAUGGCAAUAUUUUGUUGAUUGUAUCGGAACAGACUGUCAAUGAGACCAUAGAUAGUAUUGAGUCGGCUACUACUUCUGGAUAUGAGUUGGAUGUCUCAUAUCCAUUUGGUUAUGGAGCUGGAACACUCUCAUCUUACAUCCACACAGUAUCGAUCCCAACAAAGUCUCCAAUCCAAGUACGUCAAUCAAGUUCAUCACGCAUAUAUACAUCAACAUCAACGUCAACAUCAUCAACUACAUCAACUCCAUGGAUAUCAUCCAUCGAGUUUAUCAAGUCCACUUCAACAUUGUACAUGGUCCGCAUAACAGCUGGCGAUGACAAUGGAGUCAGUAGAAUAACACUGAACAGUGGCCACAAUAUUGAAGCAGUGGACAGUAUCAUUGAUGGAGGUCUGACCAAUGGUACUUUUGAGUAUCCACUUCAAUCAUUCGAUAUACCAUGUGUUGAUGAUCUGAUUAUCACAGUCAUCAACAACCAGUUAGUAUCCAGAGUGUACCGCACUGGUGACUACCUCUCCACCAACGACAAGUUGAUUGAGGUGCCAAACUAUCCACCUAUAUUGAACAACACUUUGGACACGAUCACACACUUUGAGUAUGGAGUGCCAACGACAUCUGGCAACAUAUCCUUGGUGCUGUACUUUAAUGUCAGCAAUGCAGACACUGGUGUCAUGCCAGUUCUCCACAUUGAUCUGUCCAUCUUUGCGCAACAUCAAUUGUCUGGACAAGGCAAUACAUCGUUUGUAGGACGAUGGAAUGCCGUUAAGAACAUGUUUGAGAUACCAUUCACCAUCCCAAUGAAUCAAGGACAGCGUGAUAUCUCAAUGUUCCUCAGACUCGACCGCCUUUAUAGCUUCAACCUCUUGGCCGCCGUGUUAAAGUCCAAGUACGUCUCAUUGCCCGUGAGCACUCAAACAGCACAGAUCGAUCACCUUCCACCCAUGAUCACCGAGAUCCUGGCACUGGACCCAACGACAAUUGGCAACUCUACAACUUUGGCAUGGUGGGUCACAAUCAAUGACUACCCCAACGGCUUUGCCUCAGCACUGUUUGACAUUGUGUCGGAUGUUGACCCUCUCACUGUGACCGUCCCCGUGGACUCGUCAAAGAGAGUCAGUGGCAACAGCACUGUUGGUUCAUACAAGCUCACCUAUACCAUGUCCACACAGUAUCAAUCGAUGAAUGUCACACUAUUGGCCACACAACUCAUUGAUGCCGGUGGAAACAUAGCCACUCGAUCAAACGUAUUCAGUCCACUGCUGUUCGGUGCGUCGUCCACUGUCAAGGUGCAAGGUGCCAACAUAUAUGCCGGUGAUGUGACGCCACCAUCGAUAUCAGACUUCCUCAUCACCCCAUCCACCAUCGACACACUGUCGCCAAACCGAACGAUCCAUGUCACUUUCACAGUCAAUGAUACAGACUCUGGAAUCUCCUCAUCCCACGUGCCGACAGUGUACAUCACCUCAUCCACUAUGCAGGUCGUCAGUGCCAAGGCCAUGGUCAAGACCAAUUUAGCUGCAGCCAUUGCCACCACAUCAUCAUCAUCAGUGAGCUACACCAGCACUCUUACUCUACCAUUUGGAUUUGGCUACGGCAACAACAUAACAGUGUCAAUUUAUGGACUUGUGGACAACGCGUUGAACCUAAAUGGAUACUCAUCAUUCGAUUUGGAGAAGAUGUCAAAUGGCAAGCCGGCCAUCAUUGAGGUCGCCGCGUCGCCACUGUCUGGCAUGGGCGAUCCAUUGCUCAACAGCUACACCAACACAACGACGACUACAACAUCGAUGACAACGUUUGUUGUGCGUGGAAAGAAUUUGAGACAGGUGAACCUCACUGCCAUCACACUGGACUUCAAGAAUGGCACGAUCAUCACGAUCACACCACUCUUGGUCACAGCCACAACCCUUUCCUUUAGCGUCGGUCCAUUCACCAGCGCAGCACAGCUCACCGUGGUGUCCACGAACAGCGGCCAGACGCGAGCCAGCAUUACUUUGCAGCCAACCGCCAACCCGCCACACACUGAUGAAUCUUCGUCAGAUGACUCGGGCACCCCGAGCGGCCAAUGUCCCAACGCAUGCAGAGGACAUGGUCAGUGCAGCUCAACUGGCUGUGUCUGCAACGCCAACUUUUAUGGCGUGGACUGUGGACUCAACUCCAUGCUUGUGUCCAAGCCAGAGUUUGACACUGGCUACCCUCGCUACGUCCAACAGGACGCGGCACAUCUACUACGCGCAACAGUGUUCUUGAUGUCGUUGACAGAGAACAAUGCCAGUUCAGGCGACAUUGUGAUCGAUCACAACGUGUCAUCACUAACAUGGACACGCACAGAGAACACCACAAUGGGCCAGAACAUGUAUAACUACACGACAUCACUUCCAAUGUCGCCUGGCAGUGUGAUCAGCGUCGUGUUCAACUACUACCCUGUCAAAUCAAUCAUACUCUUUGAAGGCGUCAACAGAACAAUCAUGGCCAAUGGCGUCAAGAUGGCUGUGGAGCUGUCCAACUACUCAUUUGCCGCGGACAAUCAUACAUUGCAGAUGGUCUUGGGCACAGAUGUAGCGGGCAGCCAAAGCACGGACUCGUCAUGCAGCAACAUCGAGCUGUACCCAUCGAUGGAUCGCCUGCUCUGGGCCAAUCUGCAGAUCAACUCCAAGCUGUUGUACGCCGAGUUUGCCGACCAGGCCACAGUGUACGAUCGCGCGGCCAAUCACUCCAGCGUGAUGCCAGUGACCAACAGAUGGAUCAACCGCAACAGCCAGUCCAACCAAACCAAUCACAUUGUGGGUCCCGUUGGCCUCCAGGUCGCCGAGUUCAAACAACAGCGUACCAUCGAGUUUGAGGCGUUGUUCACCAUGCUCCAGGACAGCGUGCAGCCCGCGGACAAGACUGGCGCGUACUGUCUGGUCAAGUCACCCAGGCUGUAUCCAGGAGAGAUCGCGGCCAUCAUCUUCUGCAUGAUACUCUUCACCAUCCUCUCAAUCACCAUCGUCUAUCAAGUCAUCCAACGACGUGCUGCCAACAGGCGUGCCGCUGCACUCAACGAUCAUCGUGAGAUAUAA